AUGUAUCAGCUUAUAAGGAAAUUCGCGUUUACCGAAUCGCGUUGUUUGGAGGAGGACAACACGAAAACUUUCGCGGAGUUGUUUGAGAAGUUGGAUGUUAACAAAGAUGGGAAAGUGGAUGUUUCUGAGCUCAAGACAGGCCUGGCUGCUAUGGGCUUCUCUAUGGGGAAAGGAGAAGCGCAGAAAAUUGUUGCCUCUGGAGACACCGAUAAGGAUGAAGGGCUGGACUUUGAGGAGUUUUCAAAGUAUCUGAAAGAACAUGAGAAAAAACUCAAACUGACCUUCAAGAGUCUGGACAAAAAUCAGGAUGGUCACAUAGAUGCCAAAGAAAUCCAGCAGUCACUUAAAGACAUAGGCAUAAACUUGACGGAUCGAGAUGCAGAGAAGAUCCUCAACAGUAUUGAUGCGGAUGGAACUAUGUCUGUGGAUUGGAAUGAAUGGAGAGAGCAUUUCCUCUUCAACCCAGCAGAUAACAUUCAGGAAAUCAUACGCUACUGGAAACACUCAACUGUGUUGGAUAUAGGUGACUGUCUAACUAUUCCAGAUGAGUUCACUGAGGAGGAAAAGACCACAGGCAUCUGGUGGAAGCAGCUUGUUUCUGGGGGUGUGGCAGGGGCGGUCUCUCGAACAGGAACCGCCCCCUUGGACAGAAUGAAAGUCUUCAUGCAGGUUCAUUCCUCAAAAUCCAACCAAAUCAGUCUGAUGGGCGGGUUCAAGCAGAUGAUUAAAGAAGGGGGUGUGGCCUCUCUGUGGCGGGGAAAUGGAGUCAACGUCAUAAAAAUCGCACCAGAAACUGCAAUCAAAUUCAUGGCAUAUGAGCAGUAUAAGAAGCUGUUGACCAAAGACGGUGGGAAAAUCCAGUCACAUGAGCGGUUCAUGGCUGGCUCUCUGGCCGGUGCGACCGCUCAAACAGCCAUCUACCCCAUGGAGGUAAUGAAGACCAGACUUACUCUGAGGAAGACUGGCCAGUAUUCUGGGAUGUUUGACUGUGCCAAGAAGAUUCUGAAGAAGGAGGGACUGAAGGCCUUUUAUAAAGGCUAUGUACCCAAUAUCCUGGGAAUUAUUCCGUAUGCUGGAAUAGAUUUAGCAGUGUAUGAGUCCCUGAAGAACGCCUGGUUGUCUCGGUAUGCUAAAGACACUGCUAAUCCAGGGGUGCUGGUUCUUCUCGGCUGUGGGACCAUUUCUAGCACAUGUGGCCAGUUGUCUAGUUACCCUCUGGCUCUGGUCCGCACACGUAUGCAGGCCCAGGCAUCAUUGGAGGGAUCGGAGCAGGUGUCCAUGUCCAAGUUAGUGAAGAAGAUCUUGCAGAAAGAGGGCUUUUUUGGGCUUUACCGUGGGAUCCUGCCCAACUUCAUGAAAGUGAUUCCAGCUGUCAGCAUCAGCUAUGUGGUGUAUGAGUACAUGAGGUCUGGAUUAGGCAUCUCAAAAUGAUCAAUGUCUUGCAUGUUUUUACACGCACAAACUUUAACCACCUUUCUUUGAAAACACCCUCCAUGAUGGGACAAAAUGUUUGUUGAGUAACCAAAGUGUUUAAAAUAUCACCUCUGGGAAAAAGCCUUGAUGGUAUCUUGCAUUGAGGUUGUGGCCCAACCUAAUUCAUGUUUACAUUGAUAUAUAAUUGUACCUUGAUAUGUAAUUAAUGAAUUUCUAAAAUAUUCUACAUUUGUCCCUGACCAAAUCAGUAAAGCCAUUGUGAGCCAGUGCACUAUAUAAUGUUCUACAUUCAGUCUAUGUUUUACAGAUAGAUAGAUAGAGAGUCAGACAGACCAUGGAAAUCUGCCUUUUUGCAUAAAGUAAUUGUACCUAUAUAUACGGAGUGUAAUUAUUUAAGUGAAUUAGGUUGGUUACGUUGGGCCGUAGUCAAGUCUUUACAUGCUGCAGUCAGUACUGUUUGUAUUUGUUCUGUGAAAAAUGCUAAAUACACCCAGUAAAACAAGGACCAGAGAAGCAAUUCAAAAUGGGAACCCACAUUAUGACAUAAAGAGCUAAAUGUGCCUUAUAUCAUUUGUUCGAUCUCUGUGUGGGUUCCUUUAAUAUACAUUGGAAUUAUAAUUUUCAUUUUUGUGUUGCCUUUAUCCCCAAAGUUUGCUUAUUUUAGAAACUCUUGUUUAUAUUAAAGGUUGUAUUUUAA